AUGCAAGACUCCUUAAACUCAAGUUUAGAUUCUAUAGAAUUAGAAAUCUAUCAUAAGCCUAAUCCAAAGAUCAGAUCAAUUAUAGACUAUUUAAGAAAAUAAAACUUGCAAUUUUGCACGGAUCCGAAAAAAAAAUAAGACAAUUAUUAUGCAAAUUUAACUGAAUCUAUUGGUGUAUUCUCUUUGAGAAGAAAUAAAUUUGUCAAUAGAAAAAAAACUGUAAUCUCAAUAGAUUGUCCAGCUCUCUGA